AUGCCCACGGGUUACCCCAGAAGUCCGGUGUCCUUCGGCCAACCGUCCUUCGGUCCACAAGGUCUUCGAUCGCCGUCCUUCGGUCGACAGGGUGUUCGAUCACCGUCGUAUGGUCAAGAAGGGAUCGGGUCGUCGUACUCCGACCGAGAGAGCUCCGCAGCCCCGACGUACGAUUUCGUGACGGAAUCGAAGUCGGAACCGCGGUACGCCAUGAUCUCCUUCGAGUCGUCGGACAAGUCGACGGCGACGCAUACGUACUCGGCGACCUACCAGCUCUCGGACGCUGACCCGCUGCCCGAGGCGACCGAGAAGUUUCGAUUGAUGGGCAGCGUCGACAGCGACAAGAGCACCGGACUGGCAUCGUCUGCGUCACCCUCGGGCUCUUCGGUUCUUUCGUCAACCGGCGCGGAAAAAGCGUACGGUCCUUUGCCACGCAGGAAGGUCGCUAUGGGCAUCUUCUGUCUCGUCUCCGCCAGCGCCAUCGCUAUCACGCUGCUCGUGCAAGGAAGUCUGCAGCGCGGAGACGAUGGGCACGAGGGCACUGGCACGGACCCGCCGCUGCUGCUCGAGAAGGGCUCGGAUGCAGACAGCAUUGGAUUCGCGAUGCACUUCGCGCACCGCCCGACGGCCGUGUCCACAAAGACGACUCCCAAGCAGCCGCCCUUCCUGAUUGUGUCCUUGAGGCCGCGAACUACGACGCCCUCAACGGAGGGGCCCUUCACCUGGCCUCCGUUCCCGGAGACGUACCCACCGUGGGAUUUUGAAGACGAUACGAGUACGAGCAAGAACUCUUCCGCCGAAACAGAUGCGUCGCUGAACGCUACCGACGUCGAAGCCGCUGCUGUCUUUCUGGAACAGCAACAGCUGAUGGAUGAGGCCCCCGUGACCGCGCUCGACGGCACGUUCCAAAAAGAGCAGGUGGCACUUCAGGAACGAUACACAGAGGCAACAGGUCGUGGCAACCGAGUGCAUGUGAGCAACAUUCCGGUCCACGUGCAACGGGAAGAGAUCCAUGAUCUUCUUGCUACCUUUGGCACCGUGCAGAAUCUGGAACUACUUCCUCCUUCCAAGCCCGAGAACCAAACCUAUCGAGCUCAAGUAACUUACGAAACUCCCGAACAGGCGCAGCAGGCUGUGGCUCAGCUGAGGGAUUACGAGUACCAAGGCAGCGUGCUGAGGGCCGAGUACGCCAUGGAUGUCGUUCGCAACGGAGGCGGCGGUGGCGGCGGUGGCCGCAACAACAUGCGCAUGGGUGGCAACCGGCCCAUGUUCCGGCCCUUCUCAUACACGGGCGGCCAGGGUUCCCCCAUGAGGCAGUCAGACUUCCCCCUCAGGAUCCUUGUGCUAAGUGACAUGGUUGGUGCCAUCAUCGGCCGGGCCGGAGGCACCAUCCGCCAGAUCACCCAGCAGUCAAGGGCAAGGGUGGAUGUUCACCGAAAAGAGAAUGCUGGCUCCCUCGAAAAGGUGAUCACCAUCUACGGCAACCCUGAGAACUGUUCCACGGCUUGCCAGAAGAUCUUGGAGGUGAUGCAACAGGAGGCCAGCAACACCAACAGGGGGGAUGUUCCCCUGAAGAUUCUGGCCCACAACAAUCUGAUUGGGCGCAUUAUCGGCAAGAGCGGCAACACCAUCAAACGCAUCAUGGAGCAGACGGACACAAAGAUCACAGUGUCCAGCCUGCACGAUGGCAGCGCCCUUCAUUUGGAGCGUGUGAUCACCAUCAAGGGCAAGCCCGAAGGCGUGUGCCGUGCGGAGCAGUUGGUGAGCGCCAAGCUGCGCCAGUCGUACGAGAGUGACUUGGCGGCGUUGGCGCCACAGAGCCUCAUGUUCCCUGGGCUGCACCCGAUGGCCAUGAUGUCGGCCUACCCACCACCCCCGCCCCCGCAUGGACCCCCCGCGCGGCCGCCCCACUACCGGGGUGGAGGCGGAGGUGGCCCCUACCCGCACCCGCCCGCCGUUGGAGGGGGCUAUAUGGGAGGAGCCGUACACGGUCCCAUGGGGGGUUACAUGUCGCCCAGCCACGGUGGGGUGGAGAGGGAGCUGGUCUGCCUGUACAUCCCAAACACUGCCGUGGGCGCCAUCAUCGGCACGGGUGGAAGCAGCAUCAGAGACAUGAUCAUGCUCUCGGGGGCCUCCAUCAAGGUUGCUCAACCGAACAAGGACGACCCUGCUGAUGCUCACGAGAGAAAGGUCACGAUUGUUGGAACUCCUGAGUGCCAGUGGAGGAGCAGCAGUACUCGGUCGUCGUGGGAUCCGGAGGGGUACAGUACCCUCAAGGACAAGUUCACAAAGUAG